AACGGCCACGAGUGGCCAUGCUCCUGAACUGGAAGGUAUAGGAAGCUCCAUAAAAAUGGAGGAACAGGAAAAUGUCCACGUAUUUCAAAUUUCCAACUGCCUAAAGAAUGUAGUCAAUCUGCUAAACAGAUACUAUGGACAUCGUGCUUUACAUAAGAAUGAUAUUCUCGGUGAUGUUUCAUUCCAAACAAAUAAGUGCUCCAAGGAUAGUCAAAAUUCGCUCACGUCUAAAGUUGCAACAAUUUCUUCCAGAGAGAAAAACCUAGCAAAAUCAAUGAAUACAGCUAUACCAGACAUGAACGAAGAGCCUUGUGACCUUCUUGCUGAGGAGGGUCCUGUGGUUGAUAGGGAGGCUAGCACAUCACGAACCCACAGCCUUGAAUUGGAUCACUUUCUUUCUCAUGCAGAUGAACAUGUAAGGUCAAAUUCUGGCAAUAGCUCUUUUGGAUCAGAUCCUAGCAGCAGAUGGGUCAAACGACUCAAGUUGGGCACAUUGGGCUCUGCUCAUGGGACUGAGGGUACAAGAAUAGGAGAACCUUUCUCGCAUGAAAAAGCUAAUAGUAUAUUUGGCAAAAUUAUGAAAGAUAGCAAACUCCGUUUGGAACCGAAAAUGAUAUAUCAAGCUGAAGGACAAAUGGUGCCGCAUAUACCUGUAACAGUAUCAACAAAUGGCAAGUCCACUUUAACUGAAGCGAAGAAAACUGUAGAAAUUACCCUUUCACAUCCCUGGAUUCAGAGAUGGAGUCAUAAUCGUGCUGCUUCUUCCCAAAAGAGGCAUGAAUUAGGGGAGCUUCAUGAACAAAAGUCUUCAAAUGGCGUGCUAGAAGAGUCUCAAAAGAAACAGUUUCCGAGCAUUGCUGCCAUGGCUCUGAUGGGAAAGGCAAUGAAUAGUUUGAAUCCAUCCGAGCUUAUGAAAAAGGGACCAGUGAUAGUUUGGAAUAUGAAGGGGUUUUGAAAUCGUUGGCCAUUGUUGAUAUAAAUUUUCUAUGGAGUUUAUGGUGGGUGGGCGAUUCUCAGGAUUAGUCCAAGAAUACAUAUAAGAUUUGACAUUAUGGCUGCUUACUGCUGUACUCGAAGUCUUGGACAAGUUAGAAAUGCUAGGGGCCGUGUGUAGCCACAAUAAUGUUGAAUAGUUGCUCAUCUUACUUCCAUAUUCACCUCAGAUUUGGCUUAGUCAAAACACAAUAUAAGCGCUGCAUGCAUCUGAAGUAGUUAUGUAUCAGAGCGUGCAUUUUUGUGUAUGUAUAAAAUUAUUAUGCAAUAACUCAGGAUGGGAGAAAUGUCUCAAUAGGGAUUGAAUCCUUUCUUACCA